AUGUACACAAUCAACAUAAUAAUAAUGAUCAUCCCCAUCCUACUAGCCGUGGCAUUCCUAACGCUAGUAGAACGCAAAGUGCUAGGAUACAUGCAACUACGAAAGGGCCCAAACAUCGUGGGCCCUUGAGGCCUGCUACAACCAAUCGCCGACGCAGUAAAACUAUUCACUAAAGAACCCCUACGACCCCUAACAUCCUCAAUCACAAUAUUCAUCAUGGCACCUAUCCUAGCACUGACACUCGCACUCACCAUGUGAGUACCACUACCAAUGCCACACCCACUAGUCAACAUAAACCUAGGAGUGCUAUUCAUACUGGCCAUAUCAAGCCUCGCCGUAUACUCCAUCUUAUGAUCAGGAUGAGCCUCAAACUCCAAAUACGCCCUCAUUGGAGCACUACGUGCAGUGGCCCAAACCAUCUCAUACGAAGUGACACUAGCAAUUAUCCUGCUGUCCUUACUGUUAAUAAGCGGGUCCUUCACCCUCUCCACCCUAAUCACAACCCAAGAAAAGCUAUGAUUACUAGUGCCCGCAUGACCCCUGGCCAUAAUAUGAUUCAUCUCGACCCUAGCCGAGACAAAUCGAGCACCCUUCGACCUAACAGAAGGAGAAUCUGAACUCGUAUCCGGCUUUAACGUUGAAUACGCAGCAGGCCCAUUCGCACUCUUCUUCCUUGCCGAAUACGCAAACAUCAUCAUAAUAAACAUCUUGUCAGUGACACUCUUCAUAGGAGCCUUUCACGACCCCCACACCCCAAGCCUCUACACAGUUAAUUUUGUAGUAAAAACACUCGCCCUUACCGCCCUAUUCCUAUGAAUCCGAGCAUCCUACCCACGAUUCCGCUACGACCAACUAAUGCACCUACUAUGAAAAAACUUCCUACCACUAACCCUAGCACUGUGCAUGUGACACGUAUCAAUACCAAUCGCCCUGUCAAGCAUUCCCCCACAAUCAUA